AUGCGUCUGCUGCUGCUCAGCCUGCUGGCCUUGGGUGCGCAUGCGCACUCCAUUGGCUAUCGCACCAAUCUGCUGGCCUAUGCGCCGGCACGCGGCGAAUUCCCUGUGCAGAGCGAAAUUGUGCAGGGCUAUACGCGCUAUCUGGACAGCAAUGGAGCCGAGCGUCUGAUUGCCUUCAACUAUCCGGAGCCUCUGUACGGCAUACGCACCGUGGCUCAGUCCGACAAUAAUUUUGUGCGCACCUCGGCUAAAGUGGAACCACAACAGCAGCAUUUGGCUCUAUUCCGUGCCUGGUGUGAACAGCGUUACAAUGCCCUGCGCCUGGAGCUGGAGCGCUUGCGCGCCGAGGGCAAGCAGCCGGCGGCCAACAUCCUUUCGCAAUAUGAGCCACUGGAGCAGAUCAUCAAGAUGAAUGCCUUUGAAGCGGUGCCCGGCCUGAGUCCCGAGCUGCAGCGUGUGCGCGACGAGCAAAUGCGCAUUUGGAACGAGGCGCGCCUGAAGGUGAUCAAUGCUGAGGCAGCGCUGCCACAGCAGUCUUACGUCAAGCAGAACAUCUUCACCGCUCAGCCACAACAGCAGGCCCAAGCCCAACAGCCCUUGGUCAAGCAGUUUGCCUUCACGUCACAGACUAAUGCUGCCCUGGAUUCGCCCAAGCCCGUGCAGGAAACUGAAGAAGUGAAGCGCGCUCGCGAGGAACAUCUGAGGCGCUAUAACGAGGCACUGCAGCAGCAGCAGAAGCAGGACACACUAGAGUCGCAGCCACAGCCCAUUCAGCAGCAGGAACAGCUUGUGAAAGCCAUUCCGAUUUCAACUGAGCAGCAGCAGCAGCAGCAGGCCAUAGAGGAUACGCCUGAAGUGCAGCGCGCUCGCGAGGAACAUUUCAAGCUAUACAAGGAAGCCCUACUGCGUCAAGCGACUGAGGCACAGGCUCAGCCCCAGCCACAGCCACCGCCCCAAGCCGGCAUAAAGACCUACGAUGCCAGCAGCUCUGGAGCAUACGUGUCCGCCCAGACCCCAGCACAGAACCUGCAGCCCGACAACUUUAACCAAGUCAAGGUGAAAGCCGAGGACAGCAUCCGCUACGAUGAGCGUGAGCAGGCCGCACAGCUGGAGCAGGAGCGUCGUGAGGAGAUUCGUCUCAUGGAGCUGGAGCGUCAGCGCGAAGAAAAACGUCUGAUGGAGGAACGUCGCAUGCUUGAGGCUGAGCGCAUCGCCCUGGAACAGCAGGAGCAGCAGCGCAUGGAAGCUGCAGCUCAGGCCGCUCAACCCGUUCAGCCCGCUCAGCCACAGACCAUAGCACAGCAGCAACAAGUGCAGAACGGUUUCUUUUUGCGCAUUCAGUCUGGAGCACCCAGUCAGAUAAGUGCACCCAGUCAGCCCAGCUCUGAAGCUUAUAUCCUGGCCGAGCAUAAUCCCUUCCUCGUGCGCUAUGUCCCGCAACCCCAAAAGGCGCAGCAGCUCAGCUCCACGGGCCUCAGCGAAUGGGAGCAGGCGACGCGCGAUCAUUUCAAAGCCCAUGAAAUCGCCUUGGAGCAGCUGCGUCUGGCCAAUCUAAAGGAUGCCAAUCAGAUACCCUGCACUCAUUAA